AUGUUCUACUCUUCCCAUCUUUUUCCCAUAAUAAUGUUAAUCACCAAUAUUGCCUUAUUGCUACCGCCUUCAUCUUUAUCCUCCUCAUCUUCACUUUUUUGUCCCGAAAUGGAAUGCCCAUCACAGAUUUUUAAAGAAAAAGAGAAGAAAAUUACUUCAAAAUUUGAACAAUUGUCUACUUCAAAUUAUAAAACUAACAAGAAAAAACUUGAAAAUUUAUUUCACUUUAUUGCGAUUGUCAACUUAUAAUUUCCCGUC